CUUUUCUGCUCGAAUUCGCUAGGACGGCCGCUCUGCGCGUCUCCCCGGAAUCAAAUUUACAAGGGGCAGAGGAAUUGAGAGCAAACAUUGCCUCCUGCUUGACAGUUUCCGGUUAGAAAAUGUGUAAAAAUCCAUCCAUCCUGAUUAAUUAUGUUGUCAGGUUGUUUCUGAAAAACAAGCAAGGCGAUGCUUAUGGGCACCUGAGCUGCCUGCCGAGUAUUUUAGUCACGUCUUCCUGUUAAAAUGCUUCCCUCCCCUUUUAAGGUGUUGGCUUGACAUGUGAUUUGUUCCAUAAGUAGACAGACCAUUAAAAGUGUUUUGCCCGUCACUAAAUAGAGGUGUCGGAGAGUGUGAUCGUGGAAAAACAGUAGGAGGAUAGUCGCAGAAGUCACGUAAGGAGCUUCGGUGGUUUAGAUGGGGAGGAAUCCUCUUCACUCCCAGUACCUUUCUGGGGUUUCAAGAGCGGCAAGCUGAGGUGGUUCGGUACGUGGAAGAAACUUAGAAGAAACGAAAAAGAUAUAGGUUUAUGCGGCUGUAUGUACCAGGCUAACCACCUAUUUGUGAUGGAGUAUUUUGCAAUAUAAUGUCUUUGCUGAAACUGAUGUCCCAGCAAGGGAAAAAGUUGAGGACAAAAUGUACCACCUGAAAAGUGACUCAGCUGGCAGCGGGUUUGAUCCCGAAGGAGCCGAAAUGAGAGAGGAAAGUGACCUGCCUCCGUGGGAAACCAUGGAGCGUGAGCUUUUUCGUGUUUUAGACGAUUUGGACUGCAAGCUGGCCGAAGAACAAACUCUGAGCACGGGGAAUAUAGAGCCUCCGAUCAACUACGGGGCAGGAACACAGUUUAGUCACCUAUUCCCUAGCCGGAACACGGCCACGAAUUUCCCGGGUCAAUACAGGAGUAACUACAGUGAGAGUUCUAAUAUGUCCAUCUACGAUCUCUUGAGGCCAGCGGCUUCCAGAGAAAGUUUUCAAACCGUCUCCUACAGGACAAAGACACUUUAUGAUAUAUACGGGACAAAGGAACACAGCCUCUCCGAAGGAGACGGUACGCCCCAGAACACGUUUGGCAGCUCUUCUCUGUGUACCGAAUUUAGACGGCGAACCGCCUUUCCUGUUUGGGGACAUUUCACGGCCAGCAGUUUACACCUUCCCUCGCCAGGGCAGACGAAGAGUGGAUUCGCACCCCAAAUCCACCGGCAGAGCCCGAAGAGGACCCCGUUGUCCUCUAUCGUCUGGAACACUUCGCAUCCUUCCGGAGACUUCCAGAAGCAGGGAGAGUGUCCCAAGGCGGAGUGGCCUAUGGAAGUCGGCUGCGCGGACGAGGAAGUGUAUCCCCGCUGGUUUCAGGAGAACGGAAAGUAUGAAUUUUACCGCUCAAAGACGGUCUUUGGGAGCGGUGGGCCAACCGCCCCCAGGGCUCGAGCAUUCAGCCGUGAGCCCUUAGAUAAUUCGGAGAACACGCCACUCUGCCCCUGGGAAAACAAGUUCUCUAGGUCUUGCCCCAGACGCUCCUUUGGGCCGGGUGGUCUCCGGAGAUUCAGAGGGGGCCCUGUUCUGCCAGCCUCAGUGGAAGAGCCCCCUUUCUGGUCUGACUCUUGUCCCGGCAACCUUCUGUCUGACAGAGACUUUGAAAUGAUUUCAACUGAGGCAAAUGACUGGCCCUCUCCAGCGACUCUCAGGGCUGUUCCACCUUCCCGGCAGUGGAGGACCUGUGCUGGGCCACCCGCGGCCAAUGUUUCUAAAACCCGGACGGAGUCCCGAGUUCAAGAGCUGGGUUUUGAGACUCACGCAGCCGAGCACACGGACGUGUCGGAGAGCUGGGAGACCCUAACGACCCUGCGGGGGAGGAAGGAAUACCGGCUCACCUUCUCCAGGAAUUCCGAGUCCACCUCUCACAGCACCACUCCCGUUUUCCCCCAUCUGGAUUUCGGGGGAUCAAAUAUAGUCACAGAAACUCACGCCCCGGAGUUCGGGAUACGGGAUACGGAGGCAUCGGUCCAGAGCCGCCUCCCACCGAGUCUAAACGAUACGGGAGGUCAUCGGGGCUUGGCUUCUGAGAGGGUUUCGGUUACCUUCCCCGGCGUCAAAGUGAGUGAGCCCGAUGAGCCCUCCUCCCACGCUAGAAGAGAUCUCACAAAACACGUCGCUCCCAACAGGGAUUCUGUCACUGGGCUGCCUGUUGCUCAGAGCCAACCAACCACGUCGUUCACACAGAUGGAUAUCGAGAAAACCCCUAAGGAGCGCGGUUCGGAAAAGGUCGAGGUGCUAGAUAAGACGAGCCAGGAAAGCGUGACGAGUGAAACAUUACAACCCAUCGCUCCCCCGGUGAUUUCUGCCACUCGCCCAGAUUUUCAGAAUUCUCUCUCCAGAGACCCUACUAGCGAGCCAACUGACAGAUUCAUUUUCAACGCACCCACCACUGCCGUUUCAAGAAGGUCAAGCAGAGUCCCCGCCAGGAGAGACAUUUCAAAAAUAUACAUCACCAACAGAAAUAAAACAAAUGCGCUUAAAAAAGAGACCGAACACAGCAGGGGCAGCAAGCUCGAUCCUGGAGCGUCCUCUCCCUUGGCUGAUGAAAACAGAACUCGGAUAUCUUUUCCCUCCCUAAAUCGACGUGACCCCCAGGGUGCAGUAAUACCUCAUGGAGAUUUUAUGGAAAGAAAUGAGGAGAACAGGCCAUUACGAUCUUCUGGAAGACCACCCGCGCAAUCUCAGGAGCAGAUUUUACUUUCCCAAGUGGAGGGUGAAAAAGGCAACGCAUUUAAAAGUACCACCGCUGCUUCUACUGUCUGUAGCGAUUCCCGACUCCAUCCUCCAGGACUGUCACCUCAUGGCUUUCAAGGUUCUUUGCCAACUUUUUCUCAUCAUGACUCCCCCCUUACUCCAUCUUUAAUUUGCGGAACAGAAGAGAAAAUGCAGCCAACAAAGAGCCCUUUGGUAAAAAAUGAAGAAAAGACCAACUCUUCAAGUCUGGGCCAGUGUCCUUUCAGUCCAGGAAAAGGGAAGGGGAAAGUGAGGCGCCGUGUAUCUUGUAUUGAACAAUUAAGCAAGCCAGAAAAGCCCUUGACAAAGGAAACUAUCAGCAGUUCCGCCCCUGCUCUUCAUCCAACUGAUCCCAAGUCUCCUGAGCCUCUCACGGUGUAUUGCACCUUACCAAGAAAGUCACCCAGUUUUUUUUUCAAUGCUUUUCUAAAGUCAGAAAAAGAGAGGAUGCCCAACCCAGUCAGAGAAGGGCCCCCUCCAUUCCGUGUCCGAAACGAUCAAGAGGAUCCCGCAGAGAAACCUUUUUUGGGUCAAGCGCAUCCCCCUUCCACCGAGGCAGAAAAUAAAUGCCCUGAUGGUUUCCAUUCAGUCCCUGCUCCCCAAAACAGAGGCCCUGACAUGUCAAAUGCAUGUCCUGUUGCUGUUAGUACAGGACCACCCCCAUUCCAAGUCAAAAGGACUGUGGAAAAUUGCUCGGAGGCACAUUCAUUAGGUAGAGCCGAUCAAGAAAACAAGAGUUCUGUUUCCAGAACAGAAGCAGAUUCUUCCCCAUCAGCUGGGCCAGCUAAAGCCGCUUUUCACACGCAGGGAAAUCUCCCAUUGAUCCAGGAUUUCUCUCUACCUCCAGACAGGAGUCUUAACCAAGAAACGAGUCUUCAUGUCUGUUCCAAAAGUGACAACAGAAUGACUACAUCCGAAACGGUUGAAUCGGAAGGUGUAUUUUCGCUCAUAGAUGAGAAGCACUCCUCCGAACCCUCGGAAAUGUCCGAGAUGGACACCGGAAACAGUGUGCAGAAAUACAAGACCACGAGCACGUUUACUAUCUCGGGGGAUGAAGAUAAUGUCAAAUGUCUUGAGCUGGUUUCAAUUUAUUACACUUUACCGCGGAGACAGUCCAGAAAAAUCUGUCACCUCUUCCAGGGUUACACACAAAACAGAGAUGAACCCACCAAAAAGUCCCCUGAGAUCAGUGACCAAAAAUAUGAAUUUUCUAUCGACGUAGCAGAUGCAGCUGUCCCUAUUGCUUUAGGAGAUGAGGGUGUUGACUCUCCUACUCAAAUCCUAUCAGGAACUACUUCUUCGGAUCUAAAGACUGCAGUUAGCCCCUCUGAAAAGGACACCGAUUCCCAUUCUCAGUGUAAUGAAACAGCAGCUGUUUUACAACUACCAAGCCCUGAAUAUUCUGGACCAGAGAGGCCUUCAGAGCAAUCACUGCAGGAAUCUGCAGUUGUAUUUCCUCUUGCAGUUGACACUGAAGUUUCUCACGGGGAAAAAGAAUCUAAUAGCCCAAGGGAUUGUCCAGUUAGAGCGAUCUCAGAGGAUUCGCUUAACAAAACAAUCGGAAUAUACUUUUCCUUCACUCCUACAAGUCAGCAAAGAGAGGAUCAUUGCCAGACGGAACGGGUGUUUUCUCCUAGCUCAUCAACAACAUUUACUGCCGAACAUCCUUUAGAAGAAAACCCCGGAACCAUGGAAGUAAGAGGAGACAAAGGUCAGCAUGUUUUACAGUCGCCUCCCUUAGAUAACGUGAACCACGCUGUUCAUCCGAAAGGAGGGUUUGCCAACUCCGCACAUAAAUACGCCACGGUUACCUCGACCAGAUGGGGAAAAAAAUACGGUAGGGACGUUAACCCGAAAGAAAUCUCAAUACCUGAAGCAGCAGCCUUCUUUGAUUGUUCCUGUAAUUUGCAGCCAAUGGCAGAUGACCAAAAGAUUUCCGAUAAGAAGCGUUCCGAUUCCCAGAGUAAAGCUUUUCCCCGCUCGGUGGUUUCUCCAGCUAAAUCCAAACAUCAGCCCCAGGGGACAGAUAACAAUCGUCAGCCUGAUUUAGCCAACCAACAAACUGAACCCAAGCAAAGUUGUCGGGCCGAUGGAAAUAACCAUGGAUUCGCUAAACAAGAAGGUGAACGGGACAACGACCCUAAAGGCAAACAGACGAGAAUCACAGGUGAUCAGGGUUCACUUUCCAGGACAACGAACAGAAAUAAAUCCAACUUGGCUUGUCCUAAAGACAAAAACAGUGAACUAGAGAAACGGAAAAAUAGACCUCCAGUUAAAAAUAAACUGGAAGCUAUGCCCAAGGGUCGCAGAAAAUUUUCUACUACAGAUAUAAGCUCCAGAAGGCACGUUGCUAGCAUAUUUCCGAGGCGUGAAAAUGGUACAAUGAUCAGAGAGGAGGGUGUGUCUCUUGACGGGUCACGGGACACCCCGCUUUCCCCUAAUCCCAUCUCACUGGUUCUAGAGAUCACCAAAGAAAACCAGAGUGAAAGUCCAUGUUCUGAGGAAGUUUCUUCUCUCGUGCCCCAAACACCAGAUCUGGAUAAGAAUGAGCCUCCUGUCCAGAACGUUCCCGAUUCCAGUCCGAAUUCUCCUACAUGUGGAGAAACCCAGCAAAAUACAGCCGGCUGUUCCAAAAGAAACACAGAUGAAGGAGACAGUGUCACAGAUUCUCCACCCAAAGGGGAAGACUCGAGAAAGGAAAUAACUGAAAGAAGUAAGAAGAAAGAAGCAACCUUCGAAAAAGAGCUGGAAACCCAGGCGCGGCCCAUUCUUGACAACUUAUCGGCAGUGGAGCUCGCUGAUCAUCAGACCCGACCGAGCCCCCCGUCCUCGCUGCCAUUCGCAGCUGAUGCAAAAUACGGAGGAUCUUCCGAAAGCAGCUGGCCAGAAAGUAGCCACUCGCCGCCAAAUAUCGGGAACCCUUGGGAAUGGGAGCCAGAGCCAAGUCUCUAUCGUUCAAAGAGUUUAAAAAACCUACGUGCCCCCGAGGGAAAGCUAGGCCCGAAUUCUCAGAAAUCCCGUGAGCGCCAUUUCUCUGAGGAGGCUUCUGCUGGCAAUGUCCCAAGCAGCAUGACCCUCGGGAAUGAAUUCCCCAUUGGCAGUGCAUGCAAGAGGAGAUUCCAGUCUUUUUCGGAGGUUUCCUGUGAUGAAAAUGACAAGUGGGCGAUGUGCAGCCAGAGAACCGGAGCCAGCGGUCCCAGAUCCGUGACAUAUAUCUCCAGGCCGAUUGACUACGGGAUUUUUGGGAAAGAACAGCAGUUGGCUUUUUUGGAGAACGUUAAGAGGUCGCUCACAGAAGGAAGAUUGUGGAGACCGUGCUUUCUCAAAAAUCCGGGCUUCCUGAAGGAUGAUCUGAACAGUUCUCCCCACCGAGACGGCUCCCUCAGCUCCGCCUCUCCCUUCAGCCAAGGGUCAGUGGAUGGCUUGUCUCCGAGAGAACCCCUCAACAUCUACCAAGAUGUCGCAGUGGAUGAUUCAGAUGCCGACACCGACACGACAACGGAUGAUGAAUACUAUCUGGACGAAAUCGAUAAGGAGUCAGAAUUGUGACUCCGCUCACAGGGGGAUAUGAGUGCAACCACUUUACCGACAGUUGGACUUGGGAACAGAGAGAAAAUUAUUUGGCAUAUAUUCACCUGUCCAUAAAGGUUAGGAGAGGAAACAACUACUAUGAACCGUCCCUUCUUAGACACAGCAAAACUCCCUGGUUUUCAUCUUCUCGUGUACUUCUCUGUACGCUGCAUAAACAACGAAGGCGAAUUUGCCUCUUGUCCA